GGAGAUCUGAGAGACGUCUUCCGUGCUGACUUUUCAAAUGCAAUUUUAAAAAAAAAUCCUCGAGUGUGAAUUCUAAAAUUAGACUCCACUUGUUGGACACUUAGCUAUUCAAGUACUUAUAAAAAUGGAUUUAAUAGUCUAUUGCUAGUUUACAAUUUUCAGCGUAUGUUCUAGUUCUAAUUAUCUACACAAUGCAUAUCUCCCCUUAGCUUAAUUCUUUUUCUAAAAAAAAAAAUUAGUUAGUUACUACUAAUUGCUUUACUAAUUGGUUAGUCUUUAAAAAAAAAUGCAUGUGUUGUCUUCGACAAUAAAUAAUUGGGCAAUGUCUCAACUAGAUUCGAGAAUGGCAAGUUACAGAAAUUACAUGCAAAAGGUUUCACCAUGUCAGGCAUACAGACGGAGUGAGUUAAUAUAAGCAAGAAGAAUAAACGGGUUACAUUUUAGAAGCCAAAAUAUGGACUAUGAAAGCAAAAAAGGGUAGGAUAGAUGUUAGGUGCGCAUUAUAGUGUGAAUGUGGAAUGGUGCGAAUGUGGAAUGGUGCGAAUGCGUGUUGAAACGAGAGAGAUGGGGGUAACACAAAAUCGAUGAAUAUAAAGUAAAUAGUGUUUACAGUGUUAGUUAUUUAAACUACGAUUAAAUUAUUAAAAAAAAACUAUAAUUGUGACGUCUCGCGUUUAUUUAUUGCUGAAAGAACUGUCAGUCUGUCUGUCUGGUGCAUCUUUUGAACACGUUAUUUUUCCCACACCUUAUCUCGGAUCAAGUUGAAACUUUGCACAAUUAUUUCUUGUGACUGACAUAACAAGAAUCAAUUUUUAAAAAAUGUUAAUUAACUAUCUACCAUCAUAAUGAGUUCACAUCGAAAGAUAGAUAGAUCAAUAGACGGGCGGACAGACGUACAGACAAGCAACACAAAACUAAUAGCGUCUUUUCUCCUUUCGGGGGCCGCUAAAUAUAUAUAUAUAUAUAUAUAUAUAUAUAUAUAUAUAUAAUUAAGGUAAAUAAUAUUUAAUAAAGAGAUUAAUAUUUUUCCACUGUGUUAAUCUUUGGACGAGACUCUAACAAUGAAGUUAUAUAUGUUCAAAUUUGAAACGUGUAUUUUAAGGACUUACUACCCCUCAGAUUAUUUUGUUAAUAAAAAGUGUAAUGAAAUAAAAAGUUAAUUCUUCUUUAAUAAUUAAUUGUAAAAACAUAACGGUUCACUUUCGAAUGACAGAAAGUAGCAUCAGAAUUGGGCGAAAUUUAAAAUAUCAUAUUUACAAGUUUCCGAGAUCUGAGAAUGACAUACAUAUGAAAGUAUGGACGAACGGAAGACAGACAGACUUCUCAAAACUAUAAACCAGUUUUCCUAUUUCUAGGUUCGCUCAUAAAACAACAAACUAGAAAACAAACAAACAAACAAACAAAAAAAUGAUUAACUGAUUCAUUGCUUGCGAAUUAUUAUGAUCGAAUCAAUCGCGUUUUCCUAAAUGAACAAAAACCUGCAGGGUGGCUAGAGUUACUAAAGCUAACGUAACUUUUAAAAUAUGUUUUAUUAUAUUUUAACAUCAUUAGAGCUAGAGAAGUUACUCCCACUGAAAGAGUUAAUUGUAACCAAUGUCCCACUUAAACAUAUCUUAGUCCAUUGUUCAAGUGUGCAUCUGUUUCCUGCUGAUCUACAUGUAUAGAUUUAAACCGUUGACGAAAUCUCAUUGGCUUUACAAUAUUUAAAACUCCCAUAUUACUUUCUUGAAACAAAUAACGCUUUGUUUAUUUUACUUCCUUUGUUUCCCUGUAGUUUCUGUGUACAACAAAAACAUUCUACACUUGUGGUUGAAACACUAAACAAACAAACAAAAAAAUCAAAUUUUGAAGACUAGAAGAUUUUUGUGUGUGUAAAUAGACUGAUUAUACGUUUCGUAUACCCAUCAGAACGUGCUGUACCAGACCAUGUAGACUUACAAUGAAAAUGACAUUGAUGGUAAAUAUAAAUCUUUGUUAAUAAUAGCCCACUCUUUAAGGGAACAGGAUAGCCACUACAAUGAUCUAUACGUUAAGACUACUUGCAGUUCUUUUGUGUGCGAUACUACAAUGUAGAUGUACGUUUUUCAAACGUGGUUUCGUACGGUAUGGACAUAAUGAUGAAAUAACGGAUUCUGAAAGUGAUAAAUAUUUUCUGAAAUGGAAAGAUGAUAUGAAACAUAAUUACAGAAUAAAAACAACCAAAAAGAAAUUCACUGAUACUUCUGAGUCUCCAUGUACUGACUCUAAUCUCACAGUUGAUUGCUCCGGACUCGGUUUGGAUUAUAUUAACUCAACAUGGUUUCCUUAUGACACAGAGGGGAUUCUUUUCAAUGAUAAUGGCCUUAAUACAUUGUUAAAUUCCACAUUUUCUCACUUAAUUCAUUUAAAACAUUUAGACGUCUCUGACAAUUAUAUUUCAACUAUUGAUCUUCUCGCUUUUGAGGGUUUGAUCAAUUUGAAAUAUCUAUAUCUAAGCUCUAAUAAAAUAAGUUUCGAUAAAAUUUCUGUUGACAUUUUCAAUCCGUUAAAAUCAUUAGAGUAUUUGGCUAUUUGGUAUCUUCAAGAUCAAUAUUGUGACGCGCCAAGUGCAAUGUUUCGACCUCUUACACAGCUACGUGGUUUGAGUAUCAGCACUGUAAGUCAUACUCUCUAUUUCGGACCUGAGUUUUUAAACCUAACACAAUUGUCGGUAUUGAAGCUCACAGGAUCUACACGAGAUAUAACCAACACGUCAUUUGAAAAUAUAAAACAUCUGAGCGACAUCGUUUUGGUAGAUAUGAAGUCAAUUAACUAUAUAGAUGUUAAUGCGUUGAUACAUUUUAAGAACCUAACAAGUAUCGUUCUGUGGCGAGUCUUUUAUGAAGUGAAAAAUGUCUUGCCGAUGCUGUGGCCUUUUAGGGGCAGAAACAUGACAGAAAUUUUUGCGCGAUUAGUCACAACGCAAAAAUCAAUUCCGAAUCCCUGGAAAAGUGGAUUUCUCAGUAAUAAAGACUUACACUUUUUAACAGACAUUUGUGUAGAAUAUGUUACAAUGUCAUAUUGUAAUAUUUAUUACAUAACAGCAGACGCCUUAGGUAAUACCACUAUAUGGAAUCGUUGUCUUCGUUAUGUUGUGGUGUCUGAAAAUCCUCUAGUUGGAAGUUACAUGGCUUUAUAUUCACUUAGCAUCCUUCAGAACAUAGAGACUGUUGUUGUAAAUAAAGCUUUGCUAUCUUGUGAAACAGUUUCUGAUUUUUCACGUUUAGAAAUAAAAGAUAAAUAUUUCUUCGAAAACAUGUCUCAGAAAGAUAGUGAGAAACGUUUCACUAUUGAAGACCCAGUUUUGAAAUUUAUCAGGUUAUCUCGAGACACACACAUGUUACCCAGUAAAACAGUAUACGUAUUAAAUGGUACAGUAUAUAUACAUGUUUCUGAGUCUUUAGCAAGCUGGGAUUCACAACAAUUAUUGGCGGAAGCAUCAUUUGAACAAGAUAUAACAUUUAAAGGAGCUAACAACUUUAAGUACAUUGAUAUGUCGGAUUGCGGAAUCCACACGUUUACUGGUAACAUUAAGGGUCUAUCAUCUUUGCAAACUGUGAUAUUGUCAGGAAACAAUUUGAAUUACUUGUCAGAGUCAUUUUUAGAUGGGUUUCUUGGCUUGGAAAAUGUGUAUGCUUCUAAAUGCAACAUAGAUAAGGAUUUUUUUGCUAUGAAAAGUGAUCGAAUCUUUCAGAAGACAAGAUCAUUAAAAACACUUGACCUCUCAAAAAAUUAUUUAAAUACAUUAAGCCCAGGGACAUUUCUUACAAAUUCAGAAAUAAUCUAUUUACGUUUAUCUGACAAUCUGUUCAAUGAUAUUCCGUUUAAAUUAGCGUUGACACCAAAUCUUGUGGAGUUAGACCUCAGUAACAACGCUAUCACUACUCUUACUUCUGAAAUUACAAACUUACUGGAUUGGUUAUACUCUAAGAAUGGACAAAUGAAACUCAAGUUAAAUGGAAACAUACUUUCUUGUGGCUGUCGUGAUUUAACGUUUCUUCAUUGGCUUAAUCAAACCCUUAUACAGUUAGACAACAAUAGAAACUACACCUGCAUGAACAAAGAUGGUGAAAGGACAAACACAUUGACGUUCUCUGAUCUAGAAUCUCUCUGGAGACAAUGUUGGGGCGAAUUAUUUUUCUACAUUGCGUUGAUUACAUUAUGUCUUUAUGUUAUUGGCGUCGUCUUACUGUUUCUCAUUUUAAAGAAUAAAAACUUUCUUGUUUCGUAUUUCUUACAACUUCUCGGCAAUUUUAAACUUCACAUUAGAUCGGAUUAUAAGACAGAUGUUUAUAUUGGCUAUUCAGAUGAAGAUUAUCGAUUUCCUUGCCUCGAACUACGCGAACAUCUAGAACAGGUUUUAAAACUAAGCACUUUUAUAAUAGACAGAGAUCUGUUGGCUUCUAUAGACAAAGCCAGUGGCAUUGUGAAUGCGAUGAACUCUUGUUGGAGAGUUUUACUUGUCUGUAGUGAACGUUUCUUAAAGAGUGAAGACUGGUCCAUGUUUACCAUGAGGACAGCAGUUUUGUCUCAAAGUCCCGCUAAUCCUGCAAGAAUUGUUAUAAUUGUACACAAGAGUUGUCUCUCUUUAAUUUCCACUGAACUGUUAAGUGCUGUCAACGAUGAAAAUAUUUUAGUUGUUUCUGAGUGGAAAAUAAACUACAUUCUAAGUGAAAAGUUGAGAACACGUUUGAUUGAUUAAAUACCUUUCUACUUCUACAUAUACGUAAAAAAAUAAAUAAAAUACAACUGUAAUUAACCCUAUAAUGCGUGUGGUAGCUUAACCUCUAAACAUCAUAAUUGUAAUUCCCUUUUGUAUGCACUAAUUGUAAAACUUCUCAGCACUUUAAGGGUUAAAUGAACAUCUAGAGUCUCUAUUUCUAAAUCAAAAAGAUUCGUUCUUUACAGUUAAGAUUAAAAAUUAAAAUUAAAGUAUAUCCCUAAUAUAAAGACACACAAACUCACGAUAAGACCACAGACCUAUAUAUAUAUAUAUAUUAGACCUAGAAUGGGUAAGUAAAUCUUUAAACACUACAAAAAGGCGUUGUUUUGUAAAGUAGUUAUAAGAAGUAAACUCUUUAACUUUGUAGCAUAAAAUUUAUUGAAUAGAUCUAGCUCUCAAAAUAAAACAUCGGAAAUAAGAGCACUCUCUUCUCAUAAUUAUUAUUUAGAAAUUUUUAGAUACAUAUUCUAAAAGGAUAUAGGUAAUCAAUUUAAAUGUACACAAAAUGAUUAAAAUCAACAGAUGUGAAUUAUUUCGAUCUACGAUUUUCCAGAAAUUAUCUUAACAGGCAAUGACAAAAUUGUAUAUAUUUGUGUGAAUAUAUAGCUAUGUAAAUAAAAGCCGUUUCUAUUCAAAAAUCCGCAAAAUGAUAUAACAUUUUUUCUAAACUUUGAAUACUAUACUAUAAGAUCAUUACUUUUCUAAGACAGAACAGCUCGAUUUUCUUAGAUUUGGGGCGGCUUCUCUUACAGCUUGAAAAAGAGUUGAGUACAUAGCACUUUCUAUACAUUGGUCUGUGAUCAGAUUAUUGUCAGAUAAUAUUUUGUUUCCGCUUUCCACUCUAGGUCUAAUAUAUAUAUAUAUAUAGGUCUAAGGAGAAAACAAAUUAUUUUGCUAAUCAGAUUUAUAUUCUAAAUAUUCCCAUAUGAAAUUGUAUAUAUAAAUGUUUUAAAGCAGCAUGAGUUCUUUUUCUUCAAAACUGGUUUUAAUAUCAAUAUAUUUUAAAACGUACAUGUAUUACAGUAUACUUUGGUGUGGAUGUUGGGGUUUAUUUUAGAAAUAUAAAUCUCCUACAAAAAAAAAACACAUUUAAAUAUUUACGAAAGUUAUGAAUGCUCUAAUAAUCAUCUAACAUCAUAAAAAUGAAAAACUUUUGAGAGUACAUUCAACUAGUUACCGAAUUCACACUUUUUUCAAUUACACUUUCCUGCUUACAGUUAAAUAUUCUAAAGUCUUCUGUGAAUAAAUAAUCUUUAAAAAAAUCUACAUAAAUCAAUCAAGGGACUCUAUUAAGAAUCUGAUACUAGCAUUUAAAUUUACCAAUACAUUUAAAUAUUCAAAAUCAUGAUGUUGUUAGAUCGAAUAAUAUAUUUUUUUAAAGAAACUCUUUGAAAAUGAUAAUUACAUUAUUUUUUAAUCGAACUUUAAUUUAGAGCUUUCAUGUCAAAAAAACAAUUUAAACGCUUACAAAUCGUGACGCUCUUUUAUUUCCCAAGCAGUUGUAAAUAUAAAUAUUACUUCUAUUUUUACAACAAAUCUGCAACUUUAAAACUUCGAAGAUAAGAAAACCUUGAUUAUAUUUUUAGUUUUCGUCCACUUUUACAAGGCCUCCUGUCAAUUAACUCCUAGAAAUCUAAUGAUUUCUUUUUAUGGUAUUUUAUUUUCCAAAAGACUAUUUUUUUGGCAUAAACAAAAAAAAAAAAGCGCUCUAAAAUACAAGUAGGCCACUAACAUUGUCCACUGAGGAGUUUUCUGGUGUUGUGUCUGGUCUGCAGCGGAACUGCCUUUUAACAGGUAACAAAAAUCUUCUUAAGAAUGCUUGGUGCUUUGAAUGUUUCUUCAAUGUCCACGCACUUGAAAUAACAAAUAACAACAGGGUAUUUGGUUUUUUUUUUUACUUUCAAAGUCACUCAAUCUCUAAGCUUUCAUUUUCGUUAUAAAUUAUCUUCCUAUAUACUUUAGUAUUAUUAUUUAUAUUAUGAUAAAAACGAACUAAUAUUCAUUCUCUGGCGCUUCAGGGUUAAUCUUCGUUAGAGAGAAACACAACUCAUAGUAGUCCCUUGAAUAGAGUCCACUGAGAAAUGUUUUAGUGAUGUGGCAGGUCCCCCAUGGUUAGCUUGGUACAACAUAGGAAAAUGGCGGAGGUUCCCGGUGCACUCGGCCUUCGGCCGUGUCUAGCCCAUGCGUUGGGGACCAGAUGCAUCGGAAAUAGCAAUGCUUUACAUAGGCAUUGACCUGGUCUCUUCCAGACAGGUUUUUUUUCAAUCUUAGAGCUGAAGAACCUUGGGCUCAGCUUUUAAGACGAUCAAACGGUCUGCCGCAGUACCGCACUUUGAGAGCCAACGACAAUCUUCUUCUUUUUCUUGUUCUUAUUAAAAUAUUAUUAUUAUUAUUAUCAUCGCAAUUUUUCUAUUAUUUCUGUGUUGAAAAGCCAACAAUUUAUAUAAAAAAAUGACUACCCUAUGUUACUUUUAAACAAUCUAUAAAGAUUAAGAUACAAUAAAGUUUAAAUGAAUAACACAGUGCGAUUAUUAGUCUUCAUGGAUCACGUAAAAUACAUACAUUGAUCAUUAUUUAAUCAUACUGAUGAGGAAGAAGUUUACCCAUUUGUCGGAUGUUAAAAAAUCAGAAAACCAGAAAAAAACAGACAUACUAAGAUUGUUAUUUAUAAUUUUUUGAAAUCGAACCUUUUCUAUAUUUCUCUAGUCCUUUGUCGUAUGGGUGUGUAAAUAAAUCUCCCAGCCUUUCUCUGUCAGCAGCCAAUAGUAGCAAUAGAUGGGUUGGUCCUUUCUUCUACGUUGUUGAGAUACAAUAGAUAGGUUGGUCCGUUUGAUUACUUUGUUGAGACACAAUAGAUAUGUUGGUCCGUUCGCUUACUUUGUUGAGACACAAUAGAUAGGUUGGUCCGUUCGCUUACGUUGUUGAGACACAAUAGAUAGGUUGGUCCGUUCGCUUACUUUGUUGAGACACAAUAGAUAGGUUGGUCCGUUAGCUUACGUUGUUGAGACACAAUAGAUAGGUUGGUCCGUUUGCUUACGUUGUUGAGACAUCUUCUCCUUCGUGCAGAUUUUCUCUUAACAUACAUAGUUCGAAUAUAAUUUUUAUUUUUUAAUGUCCCACAAAUUUUGUACAAUAUUGUAGUGUUUAUAUGGAAUGCUUGGGCCUGGCUUGGAAAAUCGAUUCGCUUCCAAUUCGAGGGAUCUUGUUAUAAUCUCUGUAAAGGCUAGGAAUUUAAAGACUAGGGCUUUAAAUGUGGGAUUUGUAGGACGCCCUUGAGUCCACCCAGCUCCAAUGUGUACCUGACAUUAGUUGAGGAAAAGUAAAAGCGGGUGGUCAUAAUGCUGGCCACACAUCAACCUUCAUGGACAGAUGAUAUAGUUGACCUAAAGAUCGAAAAGCCUAGUAUGGAUAUUUCACUUUAUACUAUAAGUUGGAUUGCUGACAUUUCUAUAAUAUCUUUUAACGCAUUUCUAGCACAAAGUGUUGUACUGUUGACAACGGAUGUUGUUUUUGUUUGUUUGUUUUUUCUGAUAGAAAACAUAAUUACAUUUUCUUGUUUCUCUAAGAUUUAAAUGCGACGCUUGUUUUUAACAUUGUUCAUUUGUUUAAUAAUGUUUUUGUUUAUCAUUUCUUUUGAUAAUGUUGUAAUGAUAUAUUAAUAUCACCGUCGAUAUUGUCAACACAUCACGUACUUUUCAGGCAAUUUAAAUUUGCAUUUAUAUUUAUUGCUUUCGACAUACCAUUUCAAGUUUAUUAAGACAUGCAAAUACUUAAUAUUAAUACAUUGGAGUCGUUUUUAUGAGGCAAUCAUUACAAUUAUAAGUCAAUUAGUUUCAAUGAGUUUUUUUUUUUU